UGGAUUUCACACUUCCGCUCUUUUCUACCCAACUCGCGGAGCAAAAUGCAGCAAAAGCGCAGAGAACCCGUGCAGGCCGUUCAAGUCUUCGGACGCAAGAAAACCGCCACUGCCGUCGCUUACUGCAAGCGUGGCAGCGGCCUCCUUAAGGUGAAUGGACGCCCUCUGGACCAGAUUGAACCCAAAGUGCUGCAAUACAAAUUGCAAGAGCCCCUCCUGUUGCUCGGCAAGGAGAAGUUCGCUGGUGUUGACAUCCGCGUGCGCGUAAGCGGUGGUGGUCAUGUCGCCCAGAUCUACGCCAUCCGUCAGGCUAUUUCCAAGGCCCUGGUUGCCUUCUAUCAGAAAUACGUCGAUGAAGCCUCAAAGAAGGAAAUCAAGGACAUUCUGGUCCAAUACGACAGAACCCUACUGGUAGGCGAUCCACGUCGCUGCGAACCCAAGAAGUUCGGCGGUCCAGGCGCCCGUGCCCGUUACCAGAAGUCGUACCGUUAAGCUUUCUGCUGCUUUUCAAAUUGGAUUAGAUAUUUUGUACAAGUUGAAAACAUUUGCGCGUCUCUUCUCUUCAAUACGAGGAGCAUGUGAAUAAAAACGGAAUAAUUAACUUUA